GGUUUUUGUGUGUUGUAUAAGUCAACAUCUUCUCCUCUCUUACUGAGUAAAAAAAUAUUAAUAUAUAUAUUUUCAAACAAAAUUUUGUAAGAAAAAAAAUCGACCAAUUUUUCUUCCUAUUAAAAUAGUGUAACAACUGAAUUUUUUUUAUUUAGUUAAAAAAAAUCAAACCAAAUACAACCAAAAGUUAAAAGUGGUAACAUAAUAAGCCGAGAGUUCCGCAAAUUAAAAAAAAAACACCGCACAUAGAUUACAAAUCGUUUGGAUUAACUUAGGAAUACGAAAAAAGUUAUACCAAAACACAUAAAAAAUGGCAUCAGGAGUGACUGUUUCAGACGUAUGCAAAACCACGUACGAAGAAAUCAAAAAAGAUAAAAAGCAUCGCUAUGUCAUCUUCUACAUUCGCGAUGAAAAGCAAAUCGAUGUCGAAGUGGUUGGUGAUCGUAACGCUGAAUACGAACAAUUUUUAGAAGACAUCCAAAAGGGCGGCACUGGUGAAUGCCGAUAUGGUCUCUUCGACUUCGAAUACAUGCAUCAAUGUCAAGGCACAUCUGAAAGUUCGAAGAAACAAAAACUAUUUUUAAUGUCCUGGUGCCCAGACACCGCCAAAGUUAAGAAGAAGAUGUUGUACUCAAGCUCAUUCGAUGCAUUGAAGAAAUCAUUGGUUGGCGUACAAAAAUAUAUUCAGGCUACCGACUUGUCGGAGGCAUCGCAGGAGGCCGUAGAAGAAAAAUUGCGUGCUACUGACCGUCAAUAAGCAAAUCUAAAUUUAAAGUGAAACCACAAUAAAAACAACGCGCAUAAAAAAAAAAUUUCAACAAAAACUGAAAUUCAACCAUCAUUUCUGAUAAAAAAAAAAAACAAAAAGAGAAUCAGCUACUACAACUACAACAACAACAACUGCAGCAAAAACAUCAGCCACCAAUAUCAACCGAUUAAGAAUUUCAAAUAUAACAACAACAACAAAAUGGCAAACACUUGCGACACGCACCAUAAAUAUCAAUUUCAAUCAUACGACACCGAGGAGCGUACCACAGCAAACCACUACUUUUUUUAACAAUAAGCUGAAAUUAAUUUAAAAACAACAAAAAAAAA